AUGAUGCAGACAGGUGGACCAGGUCGAUCUGUCAUGAUGGGACAGUCACAAGUAGGUACUUACAUGGGUGUACCAAAUGCCGCUUCUCAAUCUAGUUCCCCUUACCAGCAAACCGUUUCCAUGCUUCACCAGUCGUUCAAAAAUCCGAAUUGGCCUCCAAAUUUCAUAACUCCUGAUAACGUUUUGGAUUAUUUUUGCGAUCCGGGAAACGUUUUUUAUGAUGUUUCUUCAUGCAAUCAACAUAUCAGAAUGCAAAAUCUCAACCGACCUUUGCACGAGUGUUUACAAUCUAUGCAAGGCAUACAGUAUACGGUUGUUGGCACAUUCCCUCCAUUAUAUGUAAUAAUGAAACAACGUCGGAACAGUCCUACAAAUGUUACACCUCUUGCUUAUUACUACAUAGUAAACGGGACGGUAUAUCAAUGUCCGGAUAUUUAUACGUAUGUUCAGUCAAAAUUGAUUAGCAUUGUUGAUCCACUUCGACAAGCGCUUGAACAAGCUCAAAAUUUCAAUAGAUUCAAUAUUGCUAAGGGAUAUUACUGGGAAUUCAAAGACUCUAAUGGUGAAAUUAUCAAGAAAGCAACAGAAGAAGAGGAAAAGCCACAACUUACCCGAAGUACUUUUUAUCAACGAACUCGAACAGAUCAGAUAUUACGAGAACUUUUUGUCAAAUUCCCACCUCCUGAUGAUGUUCAAUUUAAUUUUGGUGGAAAUGAAAUAUCAUCAGAGAACGAUGCAAUUGCAACUAGUGGUACAGUUGAGAAAUCUGUACAGAAUUCAUCUGUAACAAAUCAAGAUUUGGCGGCAACGGAAGAUCCAACGUCAGGGAUCAGUCAGCAGCCUGCUUUUACAUCACCAUCCAGUGUUCCUCCGAUUCCGGCUCAUCGAAGUAUUGCAGAAUCGUCUAGUGGCCCCUUGAGUUUUCCAGGAACUGCAUCAGUUCCAAGAACAUCAGCAACGAAUUCACAACACGAAACUGAUUCCAAACGUUUCAAAGGAAGUUAA